CGUAAACAAUAUGGCAGCAAUCAUAGUGGAAACAUCAUCGUGAAAGUUCUGCGUUUUACUUAAACAGUUUACAACGCAAAAGUCAUGUUGGUGUGAAGCGGAGCAGUUGUUGGGGCGUCUGGCGAGUGAAGAUGGCGGUGGACGACUUUAACUUGGGCUACAAGCCUCAGAAACAAGUGAUUUACAAUAAGCUCCUGCCAUACAAGGAACACAUAGGCAAAGAAAUUCUUGAACAGAUCUGUGAUAUAAAGGAAAAUUUAUCAAAAGCUGUUAUUCUUCGUGACAUUAGACCAGGAUGUAUUCACUGGGUAGCCAAACUGUCAAGAUUUGUGAAGCUCUAUGGCAUGUGUUUCUCCAAAGAGGACCACAUAUGUCUGGUGAAGCUCAUGUACGAACUGGCUGUCACUCUCAACCAGGAGUUUUGGGUCAUGGCCAAAUUUGCCCAGAUGCUCACUAUCUUGUUAAAAAAGAAAGAGCUAAUAGUUCCGGGUGAGCUGGUAUUGGAGUGGCGCCCAUUGUAUGAUUUAUACAAUAGCCUAUUUUACAAUUCCUACAACACCAUUGGGAUGCUGAUGCUGCCAUCGCGGACCAGGAGGGCUGCCAGUCGUUUGUUUAGCCGUAAGAAGGGAGAUACAUCAAAUGCUGAGGGAGUUGUGGAGAGUAUGAUACGGGUGUGUCGACCUUAUUUUCCACUUAGUUCCACAUCUGAAAUCUUAGAGGAAGUGCGACCAAUGAUGUGUCCAUUUGACAUGACAAUGCAGCGAGCCAUGGUGUAUCUAGAGCUGUUUCUACCCACUUCCCUCCCUCCAGAAAAAGCAGAUAAUAGCUGGAAACUGUGGAAGGAUGAGUUACUGGGCAUCUGGAAUGCUUGCCACAAUAGCCACUUCUGGUUUUGGGAAAACAGCAUGUUCUGGUUAUUCUCACGAAUGGCUUGGCACAACAUUGGCUAUGUGGAAUGGGAAGAACAUCUACCAAUGGUGUUCACUAAAGUGCUUCGAUCAUUCCGUUUGCCAGUUUCAUACAAGAAAGCUCAUGUUGGUAAAGGAGAUGGUCUGUCCCAGUUUGCAUCUGCAAUGUUCAUUAUUGCAAAUUUGGGAGGUGGUAACAAGACACAAGAACACUUGGAUCGAUUGUUCAAAUCUCUGGAGUCUUACUACCAUCCAUCUAACUCUGGUCCAUGGAGCCGCCACCUGCAUGAUUUCCUCAAUAAACUGACACUUCUCUUCAUAAGAAGAUUACACAGGGAACGCUAUAAAAAGCCUUCAUGGGAAGUGGAAGUUGCUCCUAAUAAGAAACUAACAGAGGAAGAGAUUACUGCUUUUGUUCGAUGUGUUCAGACUCCAACAAUGCUCACAAUGUUUUCCCACACGGGGACACAUGAUGCUGGGAUUGUGUUUCACCGGCUGUCUCUUCUGCGACCAGAAAUCAUCAUACCACCAUUGCUUGAACAGCUCUACUCUUCACUGGAGACAACGACGGAGCCCCAUCGUCUGACUGCAUCUUUAGAGUGUGUGGUGUGUGUGGCUCGGGCAUUAGUCAAGGGUGGAAAGUAUUACCCUGAAGGUCAGACACAUGUCAUCCCACUACUCCUCCAAACUUUGCCAGGCAUUGAUCCUAAUGACAUCAAAAAAUGCAUGGUAACAUUCCAGUUCAUCUACACAUUGGUGACUCUUGUACCUUUUGUGGACUGUUCCGCAGCUGUUGAAGAAUAUACUGAUUUGACAGAAGUGGAACAAGAAGUGUGUUUGCAGACAGCAGGUUUUGAAGACUUUGUCCUACAAUUCAUGGACCGCUGUUUUGCUCUGAUUGAAAAUUCGACCCUGGAACAAAUUACUCAGUUGGACAGAGAAACUGAAAAAAUGAACAGAGAAGAAAACAUGCUUGAGAUGGGACUCUCUUCAACAUUUUCAGCCAUCCUCACUCAGGCACACCCAAAGAUAUACCAGGCUGCCCUCCAGCGUUUGCAAACAUUCAUCAAAGGAAAAAUGAUAGAGAUUCAUGUUGCAGGCAAAUUUGCAGCAAACAUGUGCCGAUCAGCAGUCAGGGUAAACCCUUCAGAGGCACUUAAAGCAUUUGUUCCUGGAGUGUGUCGUUUAUUAUUGGCACUGACUGAGAAUGAAGAAAUACAGAAUGAGGAGCACUUGGAUGAUGAGCUUCUGUUUAAUCUCCUAUUGUUGUCUGAGCUGGUACGUUGCAGUGGUUCCCACCUAAUCAAAUAUGUGCCACAAAUUACCCAGGUGCUAACCCAAACACUUCAUCUCAAGAGUCGAGAAGGAUAUCACCUUGCUGGCUCUGUACUGCGAUACCUCUUGAAGUAUCUUGGUAUCACCAUGCCUUCAGAGUAUCGUUCAAUGCCAAAUGAAUGGGAUACACCAAUUGCUGACUCUCUACCAAUACGGCACUGGGGAGAAGCUGGUGAUAUAUACAAUCUUGGUCUGACAUGGAUGGAGCCUGGUGAGGUUGAGGAGGCCGCAAUGACGACCCUUGUUCGUACAUUCCUUACUCCAGAACUCAUUCUCUUGCAUCAAGUGGCGAAGGGAGAAAAGGAAGUAUCGAGAGAGGUGUUGCAGCAGAGUUUGGCCAUCACCUUGGAUAUAUUAUCAGGAGCUGGUGUUGCUCUGCCUCACUGGGAUGAAGAACCUAUACCUUUGGUAGAUAUGGCUGUCAAGAAGGAUGACUACAGGUUCAUGGAUAGACAGAGGGAAUUGUGUGUAAAUCUCAACUCUGAACACUUCCCUUCAAAUGUCCGCAAAGCUGCUGCAGAUGUCAUUUUGGAAUUAGUUGACAAAUUGCUCUCCCAGGGCUCUGAUGACACAAAAUCACUGUGUCGGGCAGUUAAUAUAUACCAUGGGUUGAUAUUUUUCCAUGGUGUGUCCAGAGAUGACUUCGAUGCACGAUGGAAAAGCUUCCAGUUCAUCAAGGAUGCACUAGCCAACAAGUUAGCCCGAAACAAACAACAUAUAAGAUCCUUGCUCGUGGAACGUGCAGUGCUACACCAAGAGAGCCGCAUGUUGGAAAAUAGUAUAAUGCAUCUCACAGCCACCAGUACUGCUAUCAUGAGCAGCCUUUUGCAUCUCUCCACAAGCCAAUACAGUGAAGUCCGCAGCAAAAGCCAGAACACUCUGAAUCAAGUGUUCCAGUGUUUCCCUUAUUCAUACAAGCUCAUCUUACCAGACCUUAUAACCUGCCUUCAGGUUGACCCAACAGAAAAUCAUGAACAGUUCAAAGGAAGUCUCUACCUAUUGUUGGGUCGUCAGAACAAGUCAUUAAUGGUUCGUCGUGAUUGGGAGAGUCUCAACAUGGUAUGGCCAGCUUUGAUUGCUUCAAAGCAUUCAGAAAAGCCAUCAAUAAUUAGACUAAUGAGUGCACUCUCAGAUGCUGUGUACUACUACAUGGAACUGUUUGCAAUAUACCAUCAGGUAUCACCAGGUAUUGUAAAAGCUGCAGAAAAUCUUUUACAAUCAGAAUUCCCACGAGUAAAAGAUAACAUCGUAAAUGAGGAAGCCAGAACUUCAGCUUGUGAACGGUUAGCACAAAGAGGAAAUACAAAUCAUGAACUGUAUAAGAGUCUUGUUAGCAAGAUUGUGAAUCAUCUUAAUUCAGGAGCAUUACAUUGGCGUACUCACAACAUGGCUCUCAACCUCCUUGGUUGUCUCAUCCGUCCUGAUGUCACAUUCCCUGCUAAUGGUGUCCGAGCCUUCACCACCAAUCUCAUUCAUGACAACAUCCGCAUAAGAGAAACAUCCAUAUUUUACAUACCAUGGAUCCUAAAGAAUCAAAAACGGAAGCACAAGAAAACUACAAUUGACCCGUACAGUGUUGAUGGUGCACAUGAAAUUCCUAGCAGCUCAAUUCCUGGAGACUUCAGACCAGAUAAUGCGUGGAUGCAGUAUGACAGUUCCCAUAAAAUCAAAACUGAAGAGGAGUGGGAACAAACAAAAUUUGUGGAAAAGACAUACUUUGGAUGGUAUACAUGGCCAAAAUCUUUGUUGGUGUACGCUGCUCCGUCACAACAGCCUCCUCUAGACAGAAAACGAGAAGAGCUGAGUGAUGAAGAGCUGCAAAUUUAUGACUUCUUCAUGCAUCAAGAUAAUGUUGACAAAUUAGUGUCGUUUUUAUCACUUGAGGAAAAUAAAGAACGGGAUAGUUUCAACACUCGACGUUUCUGGAUGUUUAAGGGUUUGUUCCGGAACUUUGGUGACACUUUCAUGCAUAUGUUGCAAGGCCACAUUAAGAGACUUGCUGGAGAAACUCAUAAGAGCAGUCAGAGAUGUGCUACAGAGAUCAUCACUGGUAUGAUUCGGGGAAGCAAACAUUGGACUUUUGCCAAACAUCAGGCAUUAUGGGGGAUACUAAAGCCAGUCCUACAAAUAGGGAUGGCCAAAGUAACUGUUGAGACAGUGGAGGACUGGGGCACAUGCAUGGCCACAGCUAGUGCUGACAGAGAUCCCAACAGAUUAGAACCUUUGAUGGAGCUCUUAAUGGAUGAUCCCCUCAGAGCUAGUGAAGGAGCAUUCAAUGGUUCAAGCCGAAUGUACAUGUUGAUGGGAGGCUUAGGGCAACAGGAGUGGCGUGUAGCAGAGUUAAGCCAUCGACUGUUGGAGUAUCUGCGGCCAUCACUUUCACACCCAUAUAAAAGCAUUAGGGAUCGAAUGGGAAGUGUAUUGACGGGUAUCUUCAUGUACGACUUAGCACUACCAGGAGGUGUGACUUCACGUUAUCCCAGUAGUUCUCAGUUUAUAGACUACAUUCUCCCUCAACUAGCAACUCUUAUCCAGGACUCAGGUUCAGGAGUUAUAAAUGACUAUGACACAGACAUGAAAUGUGGUUUACCACUCCCACUCUCCCAAGAUAUGCCUUCCCCCACACAGCCCAAUGGUACGGUGUUUACUGAUAGAGUUGUACCCUCUAUGAUGGGUUUACCAAGUUCCUCCCUUAGGAACAAUGACAGUUUAUCUAAGGUGCUUAAUUCCAUGCACAAAGGUGGAUCCUCCCAGAUACCCUUAAUGGGUCCUCUGGUGAACCACCUUUCUAGCCUUGAGCCAUCUGGUCUCCUGGCUGGACUAGACAACAAGGAUGCCCUCAGGGUCAGUGCAAAAAUGAAGCUCAGAGAAAACUGUGAUAUAUCUAGUGAUAUUAUUUGUGAGCCUGUUAAUAUGAUACCUUCAGAUUCUGUUAUUGGUGUAAAGAAUAACAUUCAUGAAAAUCAUGUCAAGAGCCCAGCAAAUGGCUUCUUUGGUGGUAGUGAAGAACGUAAAGCAACUGUGCGCCUCAUGAACACUGUGUGCAGAUGGCUUGUUGGUCAGAUGGGGCGUUCCUACAAUGGUGUGACACCAGAAAUUUAUAGGUUUCUCCCACACUUGUGUCAAUUGGAAAGUGUUGACAAUGAUCCAGAGCUUCGUGGAAAUUGUGUGGCAACAUUAGCCGUUAUUAGCCAAGCUCUUGUCCUACCUUCACGCAUCCCAGCACUCAUGGAUUCUGUCACACAAGUUGCAAAAAGCAGUUGGUGGCGUGCCCGUGCUGCAGUAUUGUCACUACUACAGGUGGCUGUGUUUACCAACAUGUUUACUAUCCUGAAUGAUGAAAAAGCUCCACAGCAAGUGCAGGAGUUGGUGGUGGGUCUCUUAUCAGAUGUGAGGCUUGAGGUACAACAGAUGGCCUCGACUGUGCUCAGUGGACUUAUACAUUGUAAAUUCAUCCAGGCAGAAGAUAAACUCCUGGGCGAGUUCACAUCCAAGCUUCAGAAUGGCCGUGAACAGAAGAGAAGGCGAAAGGAGCCAUUAAAACCCCAAGAAGUAUUAGAGCUCCAUGCAGGAGUUUUGGGAUUGUGUGCUUAUGUCAGUGCCUUCCCAUAUGAUGUACCAGACAUGCUUCCUGAAGUCUUAGUCACACUUAGUGAACAUCUCAAUGAUCCACAUCCUGUACCUGCUACUAUCAAAAAGACGCUUAGUAAUUUCCGACGAACACAUCAUGACAACUGGCGAGACCACAAGCAAAAGUUUACUGAGGACCAGCUGGUGGUGCUGACAGACCUGCUGCUCUCCCCAUCUUAUUAUGCUUAACAUAAUAAUUCCCUACAUAAGUAUUUCUGUACUAUUGAAAUUUCCAUUUCAAAAUAUUUAUAUAUUUGAUGAAAAGAUGUGUAGCUGAAAUAUUUUAUGAGUCCUACUAGAUGUACCACAUCUGAGCAACCAGGUUUCUUAUUAAAUCUUCUGUGGAGGAUUUUGUUUCCCAGUAUUGUACUUUGUGCAGUGAAGGUACUUGGUAGGAGAUAAAAUGUUAAUUUUAUUUAUUCAUUACACAAAGAAGUUGAUUUUGAUUUCUUAACAGAUUUAUUUCUGAAGUUUAAAAUGUAAAUUUUAUGUUUUGGAAAGUUUCUUUUCCAGAGUUUAUGCCAAUAAAGGAUUAAGCUCUA